AUGAAGGAGUAUACAAGACGUCUGGGUGCUAUCGGUGAUACUCGCCUUUUAGGAUGGGGUUCGCGUGAUCCCUAUCAGAAGGCGACAACAAACUGCCAGCUUUCCCUAUGGCUCCAACAGACAGGAAACUUAUCCAAGAAACUGCAAGAAUUUUCAGGCAGCAACAGCCAAACCAUCCUGUCGAUUGCAGCUUUAGGCAUAAUGUGUGCCAACAUCUUUGCAUUCGAAACACUUCUGACUGUAUCUGCUGCUUGCACUGUUACGCCUGUUAUUACUGCUUUGAGAAAAAGCUACUACAAUGUCUUUAGCUUCGUUUGCUAG